AUGUACGGGAAGAUGCGAAAAGCACCCCGAUGGAAGGAGUGCCCCUCUGAGGAAGCGAUUCGGAUAAUGAAGCACGCUGUCGGUGCCAUUUACGUCAGCAAAGUGUUUGACAAGGCAGCAAAGAACUCAACGUUGGAGAUGGUAAACGAUAUGAAAGAGGCGUUCCACGGAAUGCUACUUGAAGAAGACUGGAUGGACAAUAUUACAAAAGAGGUUUAUUUUUAG